AUGGAGGUUGAAAAGAACAUGACGUCUUUCCUCAAUCCUAAUGUUCAACUUGAUCGUUUUGAUGGUACCAACUUCACCCGCUGGAAAGGAAAGUUAUUCUUUCUCUCACCGUGCCUUAAGAUCGCCUAUGUACUUGAUCCGAAAUUGGAGCCACUUCCUGAACCAAAGGAGGAUGAUUCUGAAGAAUUGAAGACCGCAAGGAAGAAGCGAGGAGAUGAUGAAAUCAUGUGCCGGGGUCAUAUUCUCAACACUCUCUCCGAUAGGCUCUACGAUCUUUACAACUCGAUGGAGUCUCCGGUUGAGAUUUUUGAAUCAUUCCAAGUGGGGGCAAUUAUUGCUAAAUUGCAUCAAAGUUGGAAUGGUUAUAGAAAGAAACUCCUUCAUAGGAGAGAUGACAUAACUUUGGAGCAAUUACAAAAACACUUGAGAAUAGAAGAAGAGACCAAGUCUUGUGAUUCCAAGAACAAAAAUGUUGAUUCCUCUAAAGUUAAUGUUGCCGAAGCUAGUAAGUUUUCAAAGAACUUCAAAGUCAAUAAUGACAAGAAGUUCAAGAAGGCAGGUAAUGGCCAAAAGAAAUUUUCUGGAAAUUGUUUCUUUUGUGGAAAGAAAGGCCAUCGCCAAAAUGACUGCAGAUACAAGAAGAAAAAGGAAGAAGUGAACACCAACAAGGCCAAUGCCGUUGAAGAGAAAUCCGAAGACAUAUGUGCUAUGAAUCUUGGAAAUUUGAAGCGUAUUAAUCUUGGUUAUUCCAAGCAACUGAUCAAAUUUCCAGAUCAAUCUCGAGCUCCAAAGCUAGAAAGUAUUAAUCUUGAGGGCUGUACAAAUUUAGUUGAAGUCCCUCCCCUCAAUUUCCAAGGAUGUUUUGGAUUUCUUACACUACAUGGCUGCAUUAAGAUUAAAUCACUCCCAAAGAUAUCGGGGAAUAUCAAAUACUUGAAUUUAGACGAGACUGGAAUAAAAGAAUUGCCCUUAUCAAUUGGGCGUUUGGAAAGUCUUGUGCAAUUGAGCCUUCGUGGUUGUCAACGUAUCAAGAAUCUUUCAGCAGCUUCUUUUCUGAGAAAUAUACAAGAUUUAAAUUUGAGCGACUUGUCAAUAAAACAAGUGCCCUCAUCAAUUGGGUCAUUAGAAAAUCUUGUGCAAUUGAGCCUUCGUGGUUGUCAACAUAUCAAGCAUCUUCCAGCAACUCUUCCGAGGAAUCUAGAAGGAUUGUAUUUGAUAGACUCAUCAAUAGAACAAGUGUCUUCAUCUUCAAUUGAGGGUCUUGAUUGCCUGAGGAUAUUUAAUCUUUCACGAUGCAAAAAGCUUGAGAGUCUCCCAACCAACAUUUUUAAAUGCAAGUCUCUUCAAUUCCUUGAUCUUGGGGAUUGUUCGAGAUUCAAAAAAUUCACAGGGAUCCAAGUGUUAAGCAACUCAUUUAUAAUUGAAAAGUUUUUUGGGCUCCGUCGUCAAGACAUGAGUUGGCGCAAAAAACUCGAGUUUGUCCCAAAAUGGAUUUAUUAUUUAAGUUGUCUAAAAUUCUUGUCCCGCCAUGGGUAUUUGGAACCUGAACAUCUCCAAGUCAAGCAAUUUGUAUUGUUCUCUUUCAACCAGCUAGAUCUACGUAACUGCAAUAUAGUAGAAAUUCCAGUUUGGCUGAGCCUUUUAUCCUCGUUAACCAUCUUAUAUCUAAGCGGGAACCCAUUUGAGAAUAUACCUUCAAGCAUCAUACAACUUCAUCGGCUGAACACACUCUACAUCUACGGUUGCAAGAAGCUCCGAUCUUUGCCACAACUUCCAUCGUCUGUUAGAGAUCUAAAUGCAAGUGGAUGUACUUCUCUGGAGACAAUAUCAAGUUCGGAGUGCUAUGGAUUCAACAUACGGCAUGUGAUUCGCCCUUUCAUUUCCAAUCACAAAAGAUUUACGUUCCAAAAUUGCUGGAAACUAGGACGGAAUGAAUGUCGCAUUUUAACUGAUUUCUUAUACGGAGUUGAUAAAUUGAAUUUGCUAGAUCUACGUAACUGCAAUAUAGUACAAAUUCCAGUUUGGCUGUUCCUUUUAUCCUCGUUAACCAUGUUAGAUCUAAGCGGGAACCCAUUUGAGAAUAUACCAUCAAGCAUCAUACAACUUGAUCGGCUGAAAGGACUCGACAUUCACAAUUGCAAGAAGCUCCGAUCUUUGCCACAACCUCCAUCGUCUGUUAGAGAUCUUAAUGCAAGUGGAUGGAGGAAGAACUCCAACAAUUACGCAAAAUGGGAUUUGUUAUUUGAUUGUGAAAAGGAUUGGAGUUGGGUUGGUAUAUGCGUACAAAUGAUUGAUUAUGUGAUUGAGGAGGAGGAAUCAGCUGCUAUCAAGAACGACUCUACUAUUAUCUAUCUGGAAGGUAAAAAGGCAAACUUGAAUUCUGAAAUUAGAGAGAAGGUUUUCAGCAUUUUCAAGGAUUGA